AAAUAUCGGAUGGAUUCACAGGUCAGAAGCAAAACCAGAUAUUCGGGAGGAAGGGAAUAGAGUAUACAGCGCAGCUGCAAAGCGUUAGGGAGACGGAGAAAUUUAAGCAGAACAGGGGAAGGAAGCGAUGGCCGGUUCCGAUCCCGACAAGCUCAUGCUCAAAGCCGACAAGCUAACAAAAUUAAGUCUUACGAGGUGGAAUGCUGAUUGGAGCAGUGCAACUGCUUUCUAUGAGCAAGCAGCUAUUGCGUAUAGGUUUGCAAAAAAUUAUGAGCAGGCCAAGAUAGCAUUUGAGAAGGCCUCAAAAGGCCAGGAGAUGCUCUCCUCUCCUUGGGAUGCUGCUAAGCAUAUGGAGUCUGCUGCUGCUCUAGCAAAGGAAUUAGGAAAUUGGAAAGAGGUUGCUGACUUUUAUCGAAGGGCUUCCGAGUUGUAUAAUGAAUGUGGAAGAUCACAGCCUGCAUCGGAUGCUCUUGCAAAGGGUGCACGUGCUCUUGAAGAGGGAGCUCCUGAGGAGGCUGUUCAAUUGUACACUGAUGCUUGUGUUCUUCUUGAAGAAGACGGCAAAGAACAAAUGGCCUUCGAUCUUUACCGUGCUGUGACAGCUCUUUAUGUGAAACUUGAAAAGUACUCAGACGCAGCAACAUUCUUGUUGAGAUUGGGACUUGCAGCAGAUAAAUGCAAUGCUACAAACAGCCAAUGCAAGGCAUAUCUCAGUGCAAUUAUUGUCUACGUGUAUGUCCAUGAUAUCGAUCAGGCAGAGAAGUGCUACAACGAUUGCUCUCAGAUUGAUGCGUUCUUGAAAAGUGAUCAGAACCGCUGCGCCAUUAAACUCCUCACCGCUUAUAAUGAGGGUGAUGUUGAGGAAAUCAAACGUGUAGCUCAGUCGAGCACUAUUUCGCAUCUCGAUCAUGUGAUAAUCAGGCUUGCGAGAAAAUUGCCAACAGGAGAUGUCAGUAGCAGCCGGAGGAAUGAUACCUCCAAGGAGGAUGACGAGCCGCUUGAUGAAAACGACCUCACAUAGGGUUCCCAAAGAUCUUCGUCUGUCUGGUCGGGGGAAUUACUGUGGUCUUGGUGGUCUAUUUUUCUUGUUGAGGUGAUGCCAACUAUCUUUGUCUGGGGGGGGGGGGGGCAAUUACUGUGCUCUUGUUGAUGUGUUGCUGUGUUGAGGUUAUGGAGCUAUUAUUCUACUAAUCUGAUUUAUCGAUUCACGAACAAAGACCGGGUUUGUGAUAUUAGGUUCGAUGUGAAGAGCUUCAACAGCUAUUUUGUCACUUUGGAUUUUAAGUCAUACGUUUAUGCAUUGAUCGAAAAAACAAAAUACCGAAGCUUUCUUAUAUGUAAAUACAGACUUAACGGAUACUUUCUUUUGUCU